UCAGGAAGUGCUGCUCCUGGGCCUGUGCCAGAGGGAGUGAUCCGUCUCUACAGUAUGCGCUACUGUCCCUUUGCACAGAGAACACGGCUAGUCCUGAAGGCCAAAGCAAUUGACCAUGAAAUCAUUAAUAUCAACCUGAAAAACAAGCCAGAUUGGAUUUUUAAGAAGAACCCACUUGGACUAGUACCUGUGUUGGAGACAAGCAAAGGUCAGCUGAUCUAUGAGUCUCCAAUCACAUGUGAAUAUUUGGAUGAAGCAUAUCCAGGGAAGAAGCUGUAUCCUGAAGACCCCUACGAGAAAGCUUAUCAGAAGAUGCUCUUUGAAGUCUUCUCUAAGCUUAUUCCUCUGAGCUUCAAGCACUUACUGGCCACCAGAAAUGGAGAAGAAGCGUCUGCACUGAAAGAAGAGUUCACUGAACAGCUUCUCAAACUUGAGGAGAUUCUAGCCAACCGCAAGACAAAGUUCUUUGGUGGGGACUCCGUCUCCAUGAUUGACUAUCUUAUGUGGCCUUGGUUUGAGCGUCUGGAGCCAUACCAGUUACAUGACUGUCUGAACUGUGCCCCAACACUAAAGCGCUGGGUGGAAUCCAUGAAGCUGGAUCCUGCUGUUCAGGCUACAAUAACAGACCUACAGAUGUACAAAGGCUUUUUGGAGCUGUAUAUGAAGAACAGCCACGAAGCCUGUGAUUAUGGGCUGUGA